AUGUCUGCCCGCACUGUCGUAUUUGAGGGAAUGGGGGGAAUUCAAUGGGCUUUGGAGAGCUUGAACGUGUCGGAUCUUGUCGUUGGAGGGAGAUAUCAGGCUUCAGAAAUUGCAACCAAGGGUAAAGGGAUGGACAGGCUAGUGCUUGAGCUUGAGUUUCUAUGGGCUAAUGGUACACUAAUUGUGGGUAAAAUCACAGAAUGUGUGGAUGACCCGUCUGACGGCCGUUACGGCCGUCAUGUGAUGGAUAAAAACGGGUGUUCAGCAAGCCCAAACGGAACGGGUAUUUGUCCGUCAGACCCGUCCGUCGACCCGUCUAUGACGGGCACGGUGCGCAGCCCUAGGAAGAAUUGGUGUUCGUACCUGGGGUACAGCACCCUUAAAAGCUUAACCCUCCACCUGCACGGCUAUCCUCUUCUCCACCAAACAUUUCUUCCUUCGUUAGACAUGCCAGAUGCAUCGUCAGCGGAAUCUGAGACAUGUGAUUCGAUUCCAAGGGAUGACCGUACUAACUACAAGGGCAUUGUCAGGGAACUGAUUAGUGUUUGGAAGUCCGGUCUCGUGACUGGAAAAAGACCGUAA